AUGACGGAGGGUCUUGCAGAGUUCAUUGUCCCAGGCAUCUCAAAGCCUUGCCAGACUUGGUACAAAGUAGUCGGCGACCUCACGACGUCUCAAGUACCUCUGAUCGUAUUGCAUGGAGGGCCCGGAGCUUGUCACGAUUAUCUGCUUCCAUUGGAAGAUCUUACGCCAUCUAUUCCUCUCAUUUUCUACGACCAGAUUGGCAAUGGACUAUCAACUCAUUUGCCAGAAAAAGCUGGCGAUGAAGCUUUCUGGAGUGUCAAACUAUUUGAGGACGAGCUCGAUAAUCUUAUCAGUCAUUUAGGAUUAAGAGAUCGAUUCAUUGAUGUCUUCGGCCAUUCAUGGGGUGGAAUGCUCGCAGCUGUAUGGGCAUCUGAUCCAGCAAGAUCGAAGAACCUCCGUCGCUUAGUCAUCGCAAGUAGUCUGGCUAGUAUGGAAGUAUGGAAGAUUGGCCUUGAUUCACUCAGAAAGCAACUUCCCCCGGAGUAUGAAGCUGCUUUAGAAGUCUUCUACAAGCGGCAUCUGAGCCUCACGAGACCAUGGCCAGCUCCUGAAGUUCAGGCUGCCUUCAACUGGUUUGCAAAAGAUGCGACGACGUAUGGUACUAUGUAUGGUCCUUGCGAGCUAGUCCCCGCUGGAAAUCUUCGUAACUGGACGUCGAUUCCAAAUUUGAGCAAGAUCAAGGCACCGACACUUCUCAUGAAUGGAGCAGAAGACGAGGCACAGGACGUCGCAAUGCAACCAUUUUUUGAUCACAUCAAAAAGGCUAAAUGGAUUGUCUUGGAUAAUGCGGCACACUUUUGUCACGUUGAUCAACGAGAAAAGUUCAUGAAACAUUUGAGAAACUUUCUCGUAGACGAAUAGAAGCAGAUCUGGUUGUAGAUCUGUUUGAUUAGUGGAGGUCUAGAUGAGAGGAUUGUUUGGUCUUCUCCGCAAUUCAUCGUUGUCUCCUACAAACACAGUGCACAACCCUUCCACAUAGCCUUUUUGCGUAGGUCAAAUCAAUUUUUUACCGGUACAUGAUGUUUUUGUGCAAAUUUCUCCGGUCAAAAUUAGGCUUGAAGCAACCAAUUGCCGUCGAGAAGAUCGUUCAUACAACCCAUUCGGUCAUUCAUUGAUGGAGAA